AUGAGUUCGUACAAGACACACGCGGUUGCUUUAAUGCAGACGGUUCUUACGCUAAAGAUUAUGAACUACCUCCCCUACAGUUCAAUGUCUCUGCACAAGACAACGUACAAACAGAUCAACAAGCUGGACAACAUCUACAACCAGAACUAG